UGUCGCGUCUACGUCACAGAAGAAGCUGCAGAUUAACUUUCACUUUCAUCGAGGUUCAGUUCUGUCAACAAGACGAAGACAGUGUCCGAGUUCCUCGUCUCUUUUCUCACUUCAGGAAUAAAAGGAAAGAAAAGAAGAACUGAAGAACAGAGAUGGAUGAGCAACUUGUGGAAGCCAAGAAACAGUUGGAGGAAUGGAAGACUAAAUUAGAGAAAGCUGAUGAUGUGAAAGCCAGGCUGGUUCUGGAGAAGCUGGAGGAAGACGAGAACAAGUGGAAGGCCCAGCAGGAGAUGAUGGCUGAAGUGAAAAAACAGGAGGAUUUUCAGAAGCAGUGCGGGCAGGACGUGAGCAGAGUGCAGGAUGAAUUUGCGAAGCUGGCUAAACGCAAACGUGAUCUGCUGGAGAAACUGAGGAGGAUCCAAGCUGAGCUGGAGGCCAGGAGGGCGCAGUCCGCCAGACUGAAGCAGAAAUUCAAGAUCUGCGCUCCGGUGUCAGACACACAGCUGACGUUCACCAGGAAGACAGAGAAGAGGGAGGAGAGCGACAGCGACAGUGAUGCUGAUGCUGAUGGUGAUGGUGAUAGUGACCCGGUCAGAGGAGUGUUCACCAUCAGCCAGAGGACGGCGCUUCUCCUGGAGGGUGGACAGGCUCUCAUCACCUUUGAGGAGGAGAAAGUGGCCUCUCAGAUUGUGAAGGUCGGUAAAUGCACCGUGUCCUGUGACAGCACCGCUCUGGACGUGAAGCCAAAACGAAUCAACUUGGAUCCUGUUGUGAAGUUUGAGGUACACCUCAAUGUUUCCAGAAAAAAUGUGGAGAUUCAGAACGUCCCCCCCUCCAUGGCAGAGGAGAGGAUGAAGGACCGACUGCAGAUUAGCUUCUCCAGGCCCAGCAGAGGAGGAGGAGAAGUGAGGAGAGUGGACUAUGACAGCGACACCGGGACAGGACGUGUCACAUUUGUCCACCCUGGAGCCGCUGAGCGUCUGGCUCUGAGAGGAAAGUUCCCGGUCGAUCUGGACUCUGAAGUCAACGUCAAGGUUGAACCUUCUUACCAUUAUCAACUGCGCAAGUUUCAGACCUUUUGCGGCUCUCUGAAACGAACCAUCCUCCUGGUUGACAUCAAUGACUUGGGCGAUGAGGAGGAGCUGCAGGAUUACCUGGAGAUCCAUUUCCAGAAGCCCAGCAACCAUGGCGGCGAGAUAGAGAGCAUCAAGUACAUCUCAAAGGGCAAAGCUCUGCAAGCCGCUCUCUCUGAGGACAACCAGCAGGAGUAAACACCUACAGCUAGCACACCUGAAGAAAGGAGGAAUCAUGACUUUAUGCUAGCUAAUGUCACAAAUUACAGGGGAAACUUUGUGUCGGUGUUUGAAGUGCAAUAUAUAUCAAAUUAUCAAAUUCAUUUUCUGUGGUAAUCUGGAAGGGUUUUAGUUAGUCCUCUGUCACUUAUCUUUUCAUUUAUCUCGUUAAUGUAAACUUUCUAAAUGAUUUUGAUCUAUGAACCACAGAUAAGAAGGCUAUGAAUAAAGCAUUUAUUCUAAACUAAAA